CGGACCCGGAAGUGGUGUAAUAGUUACUCGCUCUGUGUUUAGUUUUUGAGUUUGAAAGCGGACUGUGUGUGUUUUCGCACAAAUGGAAAGUUGACCGCUCGGGAAUGGAAGAUGAGUCUUCCAUGCGUAUGAAUGUCAACGCUCAAAAUAUGCCCGGUUAUAUUGGACGCGACGGGGAAUCUGUCCAUGUAUCCAGCGGGACACGGAGCACUGAUUUCGGCCGGGAUGUCCGCAGCAGCGACACGAAGGUGCCAUCAUCAUUAUCGUUAUCCUCGAAGGAUGUUUUGGAAUUUCAUAAACACAAACAUGAGCCAGGAGGCAAUAAUAAAGAAAAUGACGAGAGGGAAAACAUAAGACCCGUGGAUAUUUUAAAAAGGAAUGUUGGUUCCACUAUCAGAGAUCCAGAAGAUCCCACAGACCUAGAGAAAGUAGAAUUUGACAUCAAAUUGAACGACUUGGAUCAUGAAAAGGAUGAUGAAAGGAUGCAAUGUAACACAAAAAGUCUCCAACAAAACAUGGAGAGUAACUCAGGAUUGGGAGAUACUGAUGGGAAUCAUCAUAUUGAUUAUAUUGAUUUGAAGAGUGGUGAAGAUCCCAGCCAAUCAAAAGAGCAUGUUUACUGCACUGUAUACUGUAUUGCCAAUGAUAAUUAUAGGAUACCUGUUGAGAAAACAACAUCUGAUCAUGAAACUACAUCAUUGUCAUCAUCAUCAGCAGAUGUGCUGGUUUUACCUCCCACCGACUUGCCAAAUUCAGAAUUGGACUAUGAGCACUAUCCAGAGCCCUAUACAGUCUCCGACUUGAUGCUGUCUGGAAUAAACGGCUCCUAUAAUGCUGACAACAGUUUAUCUGUUGUGUUAACAUGUCGAAUUUGUCUUGAUGACAAACAAGCCAUACCACUACACUGCUGCAAAAAUGCAGUUUGUGAAGAAUGUCUGAAAAGAUACAUCAUCUCACAGGUUCACGUGGGUCGGGCACACUUGGUGUGUCCCAUCACAGAGUGCAGUGGUUUCUUGGAGGAUAGUUUGGUGAUUUCGAACCUGUCCAGUGAAGAGCUGACAAAAUAUAAGUACUUCUUGGAGCUGAGCAGACUGGACUCCAGCACCAAACCGUGUCCCCAGUGCAGCCUGUUUACCUCCCUGAAGGAUCAUAGCCAACAGACGUCCACCAAGAGUGAACAUAAGUAUAAGAUUCAGUGCACAAAGUGCCAGUUUGUCUGGUGUUUCAAAUGCCACGCGCCCUGGCAUGAAGGCCUGAAGUGUCGAGACUACAGGAAAGGAGACAAACUGUUGCGUCACUGGGCCAGCGUCAUCGAACGUGGCCAGAGGAACGCUCAGAAGUGUCCACGCUGCAAGAUCCACAUUCAGAGAACGGAGGGCUGUGAUCACAUGACCUGCACACAGUGCAAAACUAACUUUUGUUAUCGUUGCGGGGAGAAGUACAAGCAUCUGCGCUUCUUUGGGGACCACACCUCCAACCUGAGUGUGUUUGGAUGCAAGUACCGCUACCUGCCUGAGAAACCCCAUCUGCGCCGGCUGGUCCGAGGCUCUGUUUGUAGCUUGUUUGCUCUGCCUAUCUACUACAUCUGUAAGAGGAGGAGGAAGCGCUCACAGGGGUCGGGCCGCUGGCUGUGCUGAUUCAGCUUCAGUCAUCCUGCUCAGGACCUGGACACACAAACACACACCCUAAAAAUAGCCCUGGGUGCCAAGUGACCGAACACUGGCCACUUGGAUACAACAAUCACAAUAUGCAGUCUUCCUGUUGGCUGCAUCUCGUGAAUAUCCUCAAUUGCACAGUGACCCUUUCCUCCACAUGGCGUCUUUGGCAUCAGGAUCAAAGACUAAUUGAGGAGAUUCUGUUUUUGGAAUGUUUUAUUUAUAACCCCCAAACUGAUUUGAAUUCAGUUCAUUUUUAGGAAUGAAACUACAGACUGGUAAUAAUUUCCUGCUGGAUGUGUUAUGCAGUGGAGCCACACAGCGUGAAUGAUUUUGUCCUUCAGUCUACUUAUGACGUGCAUCAGAUGUUAUAAUCUGUAAGCUCUUAGUGCUUGAUGAUGGUGAGUUGAUGAAUUAAUGUCUGUCCCUCUUGAUCCCCUCACUAUUCCUCCCUCCCUCCCCUUCAUGCUAUGCCGACAUCCACAGGAAUUUGCAUGAUCAACAAAACACGUUUCUGUCUACUGCACUGUGGAAAACAAAAUACCCUGAAUUACAGGGGACCCGCAGCUCCACGCCAAGACAUGUAGGUCAUCUAGGUCAUGCAAAUCAGUACUGUGUCAUGCAAAAGUGUUCAGGUUCUGCACAAAUCUAAAGCUGUAAACCAAACACAAAAUACACUGUGGGGUCCAAAACUCUGA